AUGCCCAGACAAGGACGACAUGGUGGUUUUUCCGGGUUGAUAGGCAAUCCCAAAAACCAAGGAUCCUUUUCCUUAGUGCGUGAGAACUGUCAUAUCUUCCGGUCUCUUCAGUUAAUGCCCAUGAAUAUAAGCGACCCAAAAAGCUUGCAUUGGGGCGGCCCAAUCUACUAUUUGUUAUUGAAUUUAGCCCAGGCGACGAGUUUGUUCACUUUAGUUGGAUUUCUGGAGUCUUUAACGCGUUCAUCGGCCCGACUAAUUCUUACAACUUCUAAUAUCUUUGGUGUGUUGGGGACAAUCUUGGCUUUUGUAGUCAUGGCUUACUUUUACCAGCGCGUCUUUAAAACAAGUGCCUUGCAAGCAAGUUAUGUGCUGAUGUAUUCGACGGUGCAUGUUAUGCCAUGUAUGUGGAUUUAUAAUAUGGUGUCGUUGCUGAUUACUAUUCUGUUUGCUUUAUCCGGUGCUGAUAGUCAUUCUGGUGGUGGUAUGUUCUUGGUGGUGGUAAUUUGCAGUAUGUUUGCAGGCUAUUUGUCCCAUGUUAACUUUGGUUCUAUUACAGAGCCGGCUACAACUGAGCGAGAUAUGUUUAUUAGGAACGUAGUCUUGGCUUUGGGUGGGUUGGUGGUUAUUCUGGCCAUGCUUUCUUUUGUCUACGGACUACCGGCACCUAUCUGGGUGAUUUACCAAAGCAAGCCUUGA